AGCGAAACGGAGAGUACCGAGAAAGCGAGAGAGAAGGGAGGAGAGAAAGGAAGGGAAGGAGGAGGAGAAUGAGUAGACUAGGUUUAUAGAAUCAGCGUCCCCUAUGAACACAACGAAUGACAGUCCGGCUUGCAUCACAGGUACGAACGCCUCCGAUUGGUUGAAGCACAGUUCUGAAGGAGAAGACAGAGGAAGGACUUCAAGGGCCUGAGCAUGCGCUAUUGUGUCUCCAGUCCGUACAUAUGUAAGAUAAAAUCCUUCUGUAGCUAUAGACAUUGCUGUCUGACAUCCACUGUCGUGGUAGACUACAAGAAUAGGUAUUUUCUACUAAGAACUGGACCUACACCACAUCUAGAGCUCCUUUCGGUGUAAUUUUAAGGUUCUUUUCAGGUUUAGCUUUGGCUGUAGCCUAUCCAACCCUUACCUCACCGAAACGGGGACUCUAACCCUGACGGGAAUCGAGUCCUGUCGGUUCUCCUUCCCCAGGGCAGUAGAUGACACAGUCCUGGACCAUGUAAGGGAGCUGAAGGAUAAAUCUGCAGUGUUUCUACCAGAGCGAGAGACGGGAGGAGCGAGGGAAGAGGAGGAAGAUAGAGGAAUGGGCGUGGGGAAGAAUACCACCUCUAUGUCGAUGGAGGGAGGAGAAGGGGCAAAGUAUGAGGAGGAGAACAAACACAGCGCAGACUUCUACCCCAUUCCGGUGGUGGUGAACGGAGUGGAACAGGCCCCUGGAGAGCAGGACACUGAAGACACUGAGCUGAUGGCCAUCUACACUAAAGAGAUCCAGGAAGGAGAGAAGAGUUCCAUGUCAGAGACAUUGGACAGUGCAGACAGUAUGGACGCCAGGAGAAUGGACAUGAUCUACACCAUCGAAGACACACCUCCCUGGUACCUGUGUAUAUUCCUGGGCUUACAGCACUACCUGACGUGUUUCAGUGGUACCAUCGCGGUGCCGUUCCUGCUAGCUGAAGCCAUGUGUGUAGGGUUUGACCAGUGGGCUACCAGUCAGCUCAUAGGAACUAUCUUCUUCUGUGUGGGAAUUACCACCCUGCUACAGACUACACUGGGCUGCAGGCUUCCUCUGUUCCAGGCAAGUGCAUUUGCCUUCCUGGCUCCCGCCAGAGCAAUCCUGUCACUAGACAAGUGGAAGUGCAACGCUACAGUGGUUCCACCCAUGUUCAACGAAACCGAGCUGUUCAACACUGAACACAUCUGGCAUCCCCGAAUACGAGAGAUCCAGGGGGCUAUCAUUGUGUCGUCUCUGAUAGAGGUGUGUAUCGGCUUCCUGGGGCUUCCAGGACUCCUGUUGAAAUACAUCGGCCCUCUGACCAUCACCCCAACUGUGGCCCUCAUCGGCCUUUCUGGCUUCCAGGCUGCAGGGGAGAGAGCAGGGAAACACUGGGGCAUCGCCAUGCUGACUAUAUUCCUGGUGUUGUUGUUCUCUCAGUAUGCAAGGAACGUACAGCUUCCUCUGCCCAUCUACAAGGCUAAGAAAGGAUGGACCUCUUAUAGAUUACAGCUCUUCAAGAUGUUCCCUAUCAUCAUGGCCAUCCUGGUGUCAUGGCUGAUCUGUUUCAUCUUCACUGUAACCAACGUUUUCCCACCGGAGAAAGACAAGUACGGUUACUACGCCCGCACUGACGCACGACAGGGGAUACUGGCAGCUGCACCUUGGUUCAAGAUCCCCUACCCCUUUCAGUGGGGUGUUCCUACGGUAACAGCAGCAGGGGUGAUAGGUAUGUUCAGUGCCGUGGUCGCUAGCAUCAUCGAGUCUAUCGGGGACUACUAUGCCUGUGCCCGACUCUCCUGUGCCCCCCCACCCCCUGUUCACGCCAUCAACAGGGGUAUAUUUAUGGAAGGUCUGUCCUGCGUGUUGGAUGGGCUGAUGGGGACAGGAAACGGCUCUACUUCCUCCAGUCCUAAUAUAGGCGUGCUGGGCAUCACUAAGGUAGGCAGUCGGCGUGUGAUCCAGUACGGUGCUGCUAUGAUGCUGCUGCUAGGGCUGGUGGGUAAAUUCAGUGCGUUGUUUGCCUCCCUGCCUGACCCUGUCCUGGGGGCGCUGUUCUGUACUCUGUUUGGAAUGAUCACAGCUGUGGGACUGUCCAACCUGCAGUUUGUAGACCUCAACUCCUCCAGGAACCUCUUUGUUUUGGGCUUUUCAAUCUUCUUUGGCCUGGUGCUGCCCAGCUAUCUCAAACAGAACCCUCUGGUCACUGGUAUAGUGUCGCUAGACCAGGUGUUGAACGUGCUCCUGACCACAGCCAUGUUCGUAGGGGGGUCAGUGGCAUUUGUGCUGGACAACACUAUCCCUGGUACCAGGGAGGAGCGAGGGAUCGGGAAGUUGACGCGAGGGUCGGGACCCAGUGCUGCGGAGCUGGAGGGGAUGAGAACCUACGACCUCCCGUUUGGCAUGGACUUCCUGCGUCGUCACACAGUCUUCCAAUACUUCCCCAUCAGCCCUACCUUCAGCGGCUACCAGUGGAGCGCGAUCCGCAAGGCCUGCAGACGUAGGGGUGGACGGGGGGAGGCAGGGAAGGGAGCAGAGAUGGAGAGAGUCACAGAACCAGGGGAGAGCGGGGUAUAGCAGACGGGUAGGAACGGGGUGGAGGGGAGGGGGAAGGGAUGGAGCUUGGAACCAUGGAAGGGAGGAGAGGGAUGGAAGGGAGGGAGGGGUGGAGGUUUUUGGGUUGUGUCAGUGCAGUGUGACAUGCUCAACCCUGUCUUGUGUGUCUGUAGAACUCCCUGUUUAUGCCCUAUCCAUGCUGUUAUUAGCAUGUUAUAACAGGUGACAGCGUGUUAUAAUGUCCUUAUAGAGGAGGGUUCAGGUGGAGUUGCAACACUCUCUGGCUCUCGUCUCUACCUAGUAUGUGUGCAUAAGAGCAGUGUAUUAGACAACCCCUUUAUUGAGGUCCCUGUCUUCCCAAUACACUAUUUCUACUGGGUCGUUAAGUUAAAGCACUUAUUUUCAAGGUCAACCUGUCUACAUUCAUUCCAAGAAAUAAAAGGUUUCUUCUCAGCCAUUGAACCAAAAUACUCUUAAUAUAUUACACUCCCAGGGGCUCCGCGUGCGUUUGUGUGUGUGUGUAUGCCAACCCAUGACAUUGUGAUGGGGUUGUUUGUGUCACUUGCACUGGCGCAUUCCCUGUUUAAGGACAGAGAUGGACAGGAUCUCAUUUACAACAAAUGUUUUUAAGCUGAAUCAUUGACACCUUACAGACCCAAUGAGAAUCAGACGAAGCUAGUCAGUCAGCCCUGUUUAGCAAACCUACACUGCCCACGGUGGUUAUGGGAAAUGUAGUCCUGUUGAAAGGGAACUGGAUGAAAGUUGGAGAGGCUUGAUGCAAAUUCAUAUUAAACUAAUAAUUUGCCUGCACACUACAUUUACACACGCACACUAGCAAGCACAAGCUUAAUUGCAUGCAGAUAGUGUAGAUGCAAGUGGCUUGUCAAAUGGCAGACCUUAGCCAUGCAAAGUGAUUGAUCUUCAUUUCGCACUAUUAGUGCGAAGAGUUAAUGCACAGAAUGUUAGCUGAAACCUGCUUCUCUAAUUGGCUUCUACCCACAACACGGCCACACUUCAAACACAACAGAUCAGACAACAUCAUCCACUGGACGAAGGGCUCUCAGCCCCUAGCCCUAGACACUUUUCCUAGUGCCCUAGUCCUAGACACUUUUCCUAGUGCCCUAGCCCUAGACACUUUUCCUAGUGCCCUAGACACUUCUCCUAGUGCCCUAGACACUUCUCCUAGUGCCCUAGUCCUAGACACUUCUCCUAGUGCCCUAGACACUUCUCUUAGUGCCCUAGCCGUAGACCUUUCUAAAUGACCUCUCAUAGAUCUGAUUGAGAAUGGAUGUCAGUAUCCUGGUAAAAGCUCAUUCUAGCCCUCUAAAGGGAUAGUUGAAGCUAGUACCACUGAUUACACGGGUCUGUUUCUUUCAAUCCAGCAGGUGCCAUGAAGAAGUGUCUAGGCCAGGGGUAAGAGCUAGGGCUGUGGAUGAGGUCUUGAUUUAAGACUGGGACUGUUGAUGUUCACCCAGUCAGCUUGCAAGCCUUACUGUGUCAGUAUUAUCUUUAGCAUCGUUAACAAAUGCCACCAAAACCAGCUCUCUCCUGAACGCAUACACCCUCAACCAGCUGCUGUUAUUACAACUGGAAUUAAUACAGCAUUUGAAGGUUGACUUAUAAACUGCUUAUAAGCCAUUAUUGCAUAAUAUAACUAGUAUUAACUGCUUACAAGUCAAUGUAAGUAAGUUUUAUAGAAAUGUAACAUUUAUUAACAUGUAUUACCUGUAAGGACCUUAAAUCAUGAAAAAAACUAUACAAUGUAAUAGUUAAACUAACCAUGUUCAUGAGCAGUUCAUAAGGACACUUUCAAAAACGUUUUGACAUUUGUACUUUGUUUAGAGAGGCUACACCGAUUUAGCGCGAAGCAGAAUGCACUUGGUUAGCUAGUUGUGCGAUCACAACGUAGUUUUUGAAAUGCAGACCUUUUUCUAUUUCACUGAUGUUCUUCAUUUUGUUAUUGUGUUCGAUUCAUACUUAGUCUAGUGUUCUGUAGUGUUUGUGAGCACAUUCAUGGUCGUAUAGGUGGUGUGACCACUGCCCAGGCCACAGCCUAAGUGAAGAUCAUGCUAUGAUAAAGGCUUACAUGCAGAGUCACACCAGUGCAUGGUUUACAAAGGAAGGAAAUGGAGAGACGCUCCACAGAUUUAGCUAGGGAAAUUACCAGAAAGAUGCUUUGAAAUCUUUUGUACCCAGAUGCCUGACAAAGUGAGAAAUGGUGAGAGAAAAGAGGUGAUUUUUAUGGUACCAAUCCUCUCCCUGAUCGCUAUAUGCUCCCCUUCCCUCUGCUCUGUCCUACUCUGAUACAGGUGUCAGAGGUCUACACUACUGUUCUGUUCAAGUGAACACAUUGUUUGAUUUACAGACACCAUAGCAUAGUCUUCAAGGUUAAUGGUUGUGGGGUAGAGAGUGUAUUUGAUGAUGUUGAUAGGGGUGUCCUGGGGGUAUUUGUUCACAAUGGCUCACAGACUACAAUCUUGUCCUGCACCUAUUGAGUCUGUCUAUUAUUAUGAUUGUUACUGGUGUCAUUAUUUGUGUUGUUGGUAUUGUUCACGUGUUUGGUUCUAUGUGCCGACCCCCCCCAUCACUCACUUGCCUCACCCUCCCUUCUUCCAUCCUCACAUCAACUGUAGGAACCUGCACCUCAACUUCAAAUACAACUUUAUUUAUAGUUCCUGUAACAUAGAGUACAGGUCACACCUCACAAGUUGAAUGUCCUCUAAUGACUGACUACACAUUCAGUGGACCAGUAAAUAUCACUCAAAACGAUUGCCAGGUAGUGCUCACUGACUGUGUGUUUACAUGUUUCAGAGCUGGGGUCAAGUUCAAGUCAAGAAUUCAAAAACUGGGGGUGCGUGAAAUGGUACCGAAAUGGUACCCUAUUCCCUAUAUAGUGCACUGUACUACAUAGAGAAUAGAGUGCCAUUUGCGACACAAUGAGUGUGAUUGACAUGGAGAUGACCCUCUGCUAUGUGUGUCUGGCCUGGAGCGCUGUGUUUUACUGUCUGAGCCGUCAUCUAUAGAAAAGCCAUGGUUGAUUGUUGGGGUAGGGUUGAAUUGGGACUCCUCCUGGCCAGUAUUGUUCUCUCUUAUAAGCCUACAAAACAUAGUUAACUUAAAAAGAUGCACAGAUAUGCAUAAUGAUUGUGAUCUUUGCAGAACCAAAAUGCAAAAGAAGCACCUGUCCUUUCUUCAUUAUUUUUUAUCUACUAUUUCUCUUACUCUUCUCUUUGCUGCACCAAAACAAUGAGUGGCGAUAGUCACCGGUUCAGACAUGUAGAAAUGUAAACCAUUUUAAGUAACAUUUCAGAUUGACUUGGAUUUCUCAUGUUGUUUUAUUUAUUUAUUUAUGAUUAGUAAGAGUCGGUGUUUAGUGGGAUGUAUGUGAAGCCAAUUUGUGUGCCAUAUGCACAUUGUCAGAAAGACAUUAGUUUUGAGUUUACUUGUUAGUUUACUGGCCCUAUUAGAAUGUUAUUCAGAUUUUCCACUGAGAUACUGAUAUUGUUAGUCCCCAUAGGCAGCAGGUUGAAGUUACCUCUGGAUACUGAUCACAGAUCAGUUUUGUGUUUUCUCACUUAAUGAGUGUGGUUAGAAUUGGGUGUGACUGGUCCUAUAUCUGUGCCUAAGGACAACUUAUACAACAAGCUCUGUGAAGGGAGAGGCUCCAGCGUGUACUCUUUAGAACAUGAACAGAGAAAAGCAACAUUCUUACUAAGAUCAUAUAAUCACACAUGGUUCUCUUACAAUAAGUCAUUCCAUGCAUGUUGUAUUUUUAUGAAAACCCUUUUGAACUGGACAUGGCUCAGUUAGGGACCCAGGGUGAGAGGGCAGUCUAGAACAGGGGUUCUCAAACUUUUUAGGUCUUGGGACCCCUUUUGUGAUGCCAAAUUUCAGGGACCCCCCUCAUAAUCAGGACAACUCGAGUGAGCUGAACAUUUGCAUACAAGGAAGAACCAACUCUUGAACCCUGGAAAGGAACAUUUUAAAGGCCCAUCUCUUGGCAUCAGAGAGAUAAUGUUGCAGUUUUUCAAGCAAAUUUCCUGCAAUUCUACACAUUUUGUCAUGGGGAAGAGAUUUUUUUUGUUGCAGAUUUAAAGCUAAUAUCCUGCAGUUCUAUACAUGUUGCCAUGUGGCAUGUUUUUUGCUGCAGUUUUAAAGCUUAAAUUACAGUGCAUUUUUAUAUAUAUAUUUAUAUUUUAAUCAUUUUUUGGAAUAAAAGGAAGUAAUUGAUUUGAACAAAUUUACUGUGGAUACCAAUAUCCCUGUGAGCCUCCCAAACCCAUGUUGCCAAGAGAUAAUAACAUAAAUUAUAUUGUUACAUUUUAUUAUAUUGUAUUACACCCUCAACUUAUUCCAUGGAUCACUUGGCCAAAAUCUGUUUAAUCUGUUAGUAAUAUUCAUUUAAAAAAAUGUAAUUUAAAUAUUUAGUUUGAUAUGUUUUUAAAUCUGUGCACGGACCCCUUGUAGUACCGCCGCACCCCACUUUGAGAACCCCUGGUCUAGAAGAUCUGUUCUAAUAGCAAGGUUCUGGGAACACCUUGAACAUUUUUCUGUAAACAGACUAACUAUAUUCAGUGUGUGGAGAGAAGUGGGUAGUCAAUGGUUUUGUACUGCAGCAUGCUUGAUUCUGCUUAGAUGGUGUUGUGACACAGUUUACCCGGUGAGAAAGUGUUCCCUUGUGGCUUCACAGGCCGUACUGCCUUUCUCUGCUCCGUAGAGCUAGGAAUAGGGGAUACGAUAGAUGGAAUAGACCAAACCUUCAACUUGCUGUCUUUUGAAAGGGGGAAGGAGAUGGGGAGUGGGACAGGAGGGGUGUAUUCUGCCACUUGUGGUGAAAUAACUUUGUACACACAUGCAUAUUCUAUAAUGCAAUUUCUAUGACGUCACUACACGCUAAUGCAACUAGCAGAGAUUCCCCUCCACACCUGCAGUGCAGAUAUGGUGUAAGUGUCCUCUCCGUUUUAGUGUACCUGUAUUCUCUAUUGAAAUGGCGAUGUUGAAUGCAGGAAUAGACACUGGUUGGCCACUAAGAGUCUGUGGAUCCAGGACAAGGUUCAGUGAUCUAAGGUCAGUUUUGCAUUCCUCCAGACUAAUGGUUAGUGUUAGGAUUUGGGGCGGGUAAACUGUUCUUAGAUUGGUGUCAAAGGGCAUUUUUCACCCAAAGUGCUGAUCGGUACUUAUCUUGUUUUGACUUUGAUAUAUCUUUAGUUUGUAUUGCAUGGACCUCCUUGGUGCCGAUAGAGUCUUCUCACAGCAUGGAUAGUAAAAAAAAAUUAAAACUGAAUUAUACCCCUAAACUGUUAAAUAAUACUACAAUAUAAACCAAGGGUACAUCUGAAAUGGUUUACUAUUUCCCAUGUAGAGCACCACUGACUCUGGAAAGUAGCGCACUAGGGGAGUAGGGUGUCAUUUGAGCUUCAGCCCAUAGCUCACCUCAUUUGAGCCAAUGCCUCACCUCUGCAUGUGCUUUCUCACUCAAGGUCAGGAGGUGUAUGACAAAUCUAUCCCUUUCAGUUAUUUUGAAGGGGAAGCUACCUGAAGAAUAUGCUUUUUGUCUCGUGUUUUAUCUUUUCCAAUGUUUUCUUGUUUUUUUUAUACAUAAUUUUUGUUUUUACAAAGAUGUUUAAGAAAAUAAAUCAUGCCUUUUUAAUCUUAAAUUGUCAUGCUGCAAUGCGCACCAUUUUUGUUACAUUUUUAUUUAAUAAACAAAAGAAAAUACAUUUUUUUCUAUUUCAAAUCUGUAGUUUGGUGGAAUACUUUUGCUAGCUGGACAUUUUUUCAUAUUGUAUUUUUCUAACAUUGCUUCCUGUUAUCAAGUUAAUACAGUAUCAGUACAAAUUGAGGGAGCUGACUUUAAACAGAUGUAUAAAUAUAUAUUGAAUUGAGUACAAUGUGCUAAGAAACUUCUGGACCAGGCAUUGUGUAUACUAACAGUAGCAACAAAAUGUUAUUCUUUGUUCCUAAAGCUAUUUAAUAAGAUGUUACAGAAUCAA